UUCCCCCAUUCAGCGCUAUGGCAUUCAAGGCAUGCAUUACCGUCUUAGCUGCAAUGUAUGACUCUCAAGAGCUGGGAGAAAUGUCAUAUGAAGACUGGUGCCCAUAUGAAACACUCAAUACCGGAGAGAACAGUUCUUUGGUACUCAACUGUACAACACCUUGUGGCCUCGUCCUGAACGACACCAUGCCCUGCGUGAAUGCCACAGAUCCACCACUAAAUUUUGCUAGCCAUCAAAAUUACACGUGCACUGUUGGAUCCUGUCACAAUGGUACAUGUCCUUCAAACAAUUCAGUGCAGGUGGCUUGUUGGGCUAAUGCUGUUGAGAGCGAGGGAGAAGAACUGUUGGAAAGGGCUUACUCGGUGCAGCUAUACUGAGCCUCUCAAACGUACCACUGAUGCACGUGACAUGUAUGCACGUGAAAUAUUGAGCGCUGUCAAAAUAAAGGAUGAUAUA